GUACGUAUCAUCAAGCCUUUUUUAUCCUCUGUUUGUUCGAUUGUGUCUGCAAUCGAUUCGCCUUGUUCGUCCCCUGUGAGCCUAUAACGUUUCGAAAACCAAAACCGUGGAGUUCCCGCACCGAGUCGGAGGAUGAUCCCAGAAGCCUGCUUUUGUUUUUCUAAAUCCAGUGGAUGAAUCCCCUCCUUGCUAAUUGACCGCCUGUGUCUACAGACAUGUACUUCCCUUGAAAUCAAUCGAUCCUGAAGCUGAGGAGAGAAGAAAACAAAAAGAAGAUACCCAAGGAGGACUGUAUAUCCCACAAACCAAAGCAAGCAAGCAAUCAAGUUUUCCCUUGAGAAUCCGAUCAUAAGCUAAACACCAUGGCUACCGAAGAUGAUAACUUCGAUAUUGACAUCUAUGGAGAUGGCGGGGGCUACAACGCCAAUGAGCAGGGCGACUUUAAGCCCGAGGAUGAGAUGAAACAUGAUGACACAGAGCUUAUCCUAGAUGCGCCGGAACCCACACAGAACGGGAACCCCAACCAAGGCGACGGCUCCUCCGACGGCACCGUCAAGCCGGACAGUGAAGGCGGCGCUCCCCAUAGUGACCCUGUAACCCAGGCGGCAAACCCGCAAUCCGCGGCCAAGGACGCCCCUGCUCCCCAGCAGGGAGUCAAGCGCAAGGAGCACGAUGAUCGACCGACAGACCCUGAUGCUACCCCUGCUCUGCUCAUAUCGGACUUGUAUUGGUGGACCACGGAUGACGACAUCCGUGGCUGGGUGUGCCAGGCGGACUGCGAGGAUGAACUGAAGGACGUAACGUUCAGCGAACACAAAGUGAACGGUAAAAGCAAAGGACAAGCGUUCCUCGAAUUCACCACUCUCCAGGCAGCUACAGCGACGAAACACAAGAUCGAGUCAUUCAGCGCCGGCGGACAAACGCGCAAGCACAUGGUCACCUACACCAGCCCGCAACCGAACCCGUUCCGCACGCUGCCCAAGGAUGCGCCGAUGCGCAAGGACAACCAGGCGCGCUCGAUGUCCGGCAGCUUCAACUCGCCCAACCCGAACAUGAACUUUAGCGGUGGCAUGAACAACAUGGGCGGAGGCUAUCGGGGCGGACGCGGUGGAUACAACAACCGUGGCGGCAUGUCCGGCGGCAUGGGUGGUAACUUCGGCAAUAACCGUAACUUCCAGAACCCGAUGGGUGGCUUCCAAGGGCCGAUGGUGGGCGGAGGCUUCCAGGGUAAUCCCAUGGGGAUGCAGAACUACGGCUUCAACAACCGCGGGGGCAUGAUGGGCGGUAUGCGCGGUGGCCCUGGAGGCAUGCGCGGUCGUGGUGGUGGCAUGGCAGGACCCAAUAUGAUGGGGAUGCCCGGAAUGAAUCCGAUGGGAGGGAUGGGAAUGAAUGCGAUGCCAGGGGCAAUGAAUCCGAUGAUGGGAGGUAUGACGGGCAACAUGGGGAUGCAGGGACAAGGUGGAUUCCAGGGCCCCAACCCAGCCUUUAACCAGGGAUUCUUUCCUCCCAACCAGGGCGUCGGCGAUGGAUCAUGGAACCCUCAUGGGGCCAAGCGCAGUCGCCAGGAGUGAAUUGCUUGAUUGACCCUUCUGUACACCUGCCUUUUUACCUUCCUCUUUUCUUUUUCUCUACUCUUUCUAUCUAUUAUUAUCUGGGUUCAUUGCGCGGGUUCGGGGAAAUUGGUUCUUAUCACUGCAGUCUAUGUUCAUCUUUUUUUUUUCGCACCGAUGGGGUGUAUUAGACAAUCAAGGGUCUGAAUAUGGUUUCCGUUUUGCUGCUUGCUUGCUUGCUUGCAUAUGUAGUUAUAGUUUGAGUAUAGGAGUUGGUUGGUAGUUUUAGCUUAUCACUUCACAAAUAUCAUAGCAGAUAACCAGCAUACAUGAAUCAAUGGUCG